AUGCUCGGCGAGAAGUACAGGUGUGAGUUUUGUGAGUAUGAAUCAUUCAGCUUCGAAGGUAUGUACAAACACAAGUACAAGCACAAGACCGUGAAGGAUUACCAUUGCCGCUUCUGCAGGAAGUCGUUUUUGAGGAAGACGACCCUGGACCUGCACGAGAGGAUUCACACGGGUGACAGGAGGAAAGUCUGCAAAGAGUGUGGUCAGGCUUUCGUUCAGAAAGCCAGUUUGAACUAUCACAUGACUAAAUACCAUCCCGAAGUGAACUUUUAA